GCCCUGGGCGACAGGAGAUUAAACGGAUUGGGGCGGAACGGGGCCCUACCGCCCAGAGAGCUCCGCUGCGUGGGCGGGUCCGGGCUCCGCGCGCUGGGGGCAAGGUCCUGUGCGCUCGGCCCGCGCCCCGCCAUGGCUCCCAGGGCUCCGAGGGGACGCGCCGCGCCCGCUGCCAGGGACAUUUUGUGGGGUCUGCUCCUUCUGUGUUUGCUCCUGAGGACGUCCGAGUUAAAAGCCGCAAAUGCCCUUCAACCCAAUAUUCUACUGAUAAUGGCGGACGAUCUUGGCAUUGGGGAUCUUGGUUGCUAUGGGAACCAUACGCUCAGGACGCCCAAUAUUGACCAGCUUGCAAAGGAAGGCGUGAGGCUCACCCAGCACCUGGCGGCUGCCCCCCUCUGCACCCCCAGCAGAUCUUCCUUCCUCACGGGGAGGCACUCCUUCAGAUCAGGCAUGGAAGCCGAUGAUGGGUACCGUGCCCUCCAGUGGAAUGCAGGAUCGGGUGGACUCCCCACGAACGAAACCACGUUUGCAAGAGUCCUGCAGCAGCAAGGUUAUGCAACCGGCCUUAUAGGAAAAUGGCACCAGGGAGUCAACUGUGAAUCCCGCAAUGACCACUGUCACCAUCCACUGAACCACGGAUUUGACUAUUUUUACGGCAUGCCUUUCACGCUUGUGAAUGACUGUCAGCCAGGCAGACCCCCAGAAGUGGACGCCAUGACUAGAUCCAGACUGUGGCACUACACCCAGAUGGCGGCUCUAGGGGUCCUGACCGUUGCGGUUGGCAAGACUUGCGGGUUCAUCUCUGUGUCCUGGAAGGGAGUCCUGGGGGCAGCCAGCCUUGUCUUCCUCUUCUUUGUCUCCUGGUACGCCAGCUUUGGGUUUGUGUGUCGUUGGAACUGUAUCCUGAUGAGAGACCAUGAUGUCAUAGAGCAGCCCAUGGUUUUGGAAAGAACGGCGGGUCACAUGCUGCGCGAGGCCAUUUCCUAUAUUGAAAGGAAUAAGCACCGGCCAUUCCUCCUCUUCGUGUCUUUGCUGCAUGUUCACAUUCCCCUGGUGACCACCAAACGGUUUCUCGGGAAAAGCCAGCACGGCUUAUAUGGCGACAAUGUGGAGGAAAUGGAUUGGCUUGUAGGUGAGAUCCUUAAAGCAUUGGAAGUCCACGGUUUGAAAAACAAGACAUUCACGUAUUUCACCUCUGAUCACGGAGGACAUUUGGAGGCAAGAGAUGGACACGGCCAGCUGGGGGGAUGGAAUGGGAUAUUCCGAGGUGGCAAAGGGAUGGGGGGCUGGGAAGGCGGCAUCCGCGUGCCGGGGAUCUUCCGCUGGCCUGGGGUGCUGCCGGCCGGCCGAGUGAUCCACGAGCCCACCAGCCUGAUGGAUAUUUUCCCCACCGUGGUCCAGCUGGGGGGCGGCCAUGCGCCCCAGGACAGGGUGAUCGAUGGCCGUAGCCUGGUGCCCUUGCUUCAAGGGACUGAUGAGCACUCAGCACAUGAGUUCCUCUUUCAUUACUGUGGGAAGUACCUCCACGCAGCACGCUGGCAUGAGAAGGACAGUGGAAGACUUUGGAAGGUCCACUACAUGACGCCACAGUUCCACCCCAAGGGGACGGGCGCUUGCUAUGGCCGAGGUGUGUGCCCCUGCUCCGGGGAUGGCGUGACCCAGCACAGCCCACCUCUGCUCUUCGACCUCUCCAGGGACCCUUCCGAGGCGCGGCCUCUGGCCCCCGGCUCCGAACCCAGGUACCACGCGGUGGUCUCACGGGUAGGCGAGGCCGUGGAGCAGCACAGGAGAACCCUGAGUCCGGUGCCUCCCCAGUUUUCCCUGAGCAACAUCAUCUGGAAGCCGUGGCUGCAGCCGUGCUGUGGAACCUUCCCUCUGUGCGCGUGUAGGCAGGACGGAGAUCCCCAGUGAGACGUGACCUCACACUAGGCAGGUGGGGUGAAACACGUUGACAAGGAUGCGGAGAAAGGGGAACCCUCUUGCACUGACGUAGAAUUCUGGAACACCGUGGCAGGCUCCUCAAAAAAUAAAAAAUAGACCUACCCCUGGACCUAGGGAUUCCACUCCUGGGUGUUUCCCCACAGCAAAUGGACACAGGAUCUCAAAGAAACCUCCACACCAUGUUCAGAGCAGCACUCACCUCAGCGGCCAAGACAUGCAAACAGCCCAGGCGCCCAUCGAUGGACGGGGGGAGAAAGAACGGGUGACCCAUCCACACAAUGCAACAUGACUUGGCCAUGAGGAGCAAGGAGAUCCUUCCCUUUGUGACAACGCAGACGGACCUGGAGGACAUUAUGUCAAGAGCAAUCAGCCAGACAUAGAUUGAAAAAUACCGCACGAUCUCACUGAUUCGUGGAAUCUUAAAAAUAAAAAAAUAAAAAAAUUGGAACUGGUACAAGCAGAGUUUGGAAGAGUGGGUGCCGUGGCGUUGGGGGAGCUGGGGAGAGGGUGCCCAGAGGGCAUGAGCUUCCGGUUAGGAGAGGACUGUGUUGUGGACACGUCUCAGCACGGUGAUUCUAGUAUUCUAGUUCCUAAUACUGUCUCAUACCCUUCGCAUCUGCGGAGAGAGGAGAUGUUCGGUGUUUUCAUGGUGCACACCGAAACCGAUCGCUACCGAAGGUGAUGGGCGUGUUAGUUCACUUCACUGGGGUGGUCGUUUCACGAUGUGUACCUAUAUCAAAUCAUCAUGCUGUAAACCAUAAAUACAUACAAUUGUAUUUGUCCAUUA